AUGCCUAAAGUUCUUAUUAUCGGCGCCACUGGCUACCUUGGCAGCAGAAUCUGUAACGUUCUCGUCAACAGCGGUCAACACAGAGUCUACGGUAUCGCGCGUAAUGAAGCCAAAGCCAAGUCUCUGGCCGUUGCCGAAGUCACCCCCAUCAUCUGCACCGACCCCAUCAACAAGCCGGACGCUUAUCUCAAUGCCAUCCGCAACUUCAACAUUGACACAGUUGUUGAUGUCUCUGGCGCUAAUCAGGAGUCCGCAAAGUUCCUCGCCGACGUGAAAGCCGUCGGUCAAGAGCGUUUGAACAAAGCAAAGUCUGCAGGCCUCACGCAUACCCCGAGACUCGGGUUCAUUUACUGUUCGGGAACUUGGGUCCAUGGAGCGAGUGAUAAGCUAGUCAACGAUCUCGAUAUCGUUGGACCUGAUGCCACAACACCACCUGCGACUCUUGUCGCGUGGCGUGUCGCCCACGAGAACGGUGUUCUAGCAGCUUCUGAUGUCCUCGAUGUGGCUGUUCUACGUCCGGCGCUCAUAUACGGUGGCGAGAGUACUAUUUGGACAACCUUCAUCCUUCCACUCCUCCAAGCUUCCCGAGAUGGUACUUUGGACACUGCCCAGGUUCCAUUGAGCAUUGACUCUCGGCCCGGCCUUGUCCACGUUAACGAUGUCGCCACUGGUUUCCAGAAGGCUAUAGAGAAGCUUGCACUUAUCAACAGCACUUCGGUCUAUCCUGUCUUCGACCUUGUGACAAGUCAAGAGAGCAUGUCUGAGAUCUUCACAGCUCUGGCUUCACGUUGGGAAUUUAAGGGACGCUGUGAGUUGGUAGGCCCUGGGGAUGAUUUGUUCGCGGAAGCAAUGGGGACUAGUCUACGAGGCUCGUCUGAUCGGGCCAAGCAGUUACUUGGCUGGGCACCAACGAGAUUGAAUGGCUUUGUCGCUGAUAUGGAUAUGUAUGCUGAUGCAUUUGCCUCGCAACAUUAG